AUGUUGAGGUACAACCUAAGACGAACAUUCAAGCCAGUAAUUUCACAGAGAUACGCGUCAAGCAAUUCAACCGCUUUGCAAAAAUAUCCCAUCAGUUCCAAGUUACACGGAUAUGAAAUCGUCAAGACUACCACAAUACCUGAAUUUUCAUUAGUUGCAGUAUUGUUAAAUCAUGAAGCUAGCGGAGCUCAACAUUUACACUUGGACUCAGCUAAUGAUAAUAAUAAUGUGUUCUCGAUAGCAUUCAAAACAAACCCACCUGAUGCCACUGGAGUUCCUCAUAUUCUAGAGCAUACAACAUUAUGUGGUUCAAAGAAGUACCCAGUUAGAGACCCAUUUUUUAAGAUGUCUAAUCGAAGUUUGAGUAAUUUUAUGAAUGCAAUGACUGGACAUGAUUACACGUUUUAUCCAUUUGCUACGACUAACCCUAAAGAUUUCGAAAACUUGAUGGAUGUGUAUCUCUCAUCCGUUCUUGAACCGUUGUUGAAUUACAAUGAUUUCAUACAAGAGGGAUGGAGAUUGGAGAACUCAACCUUAGACGACAUCAAGAGCAAGCUCGAGUUCAAAGGUGUGGUUUAUAAUGAGAUGAAGGGACAAUAUUCGAAUUCAAUGUACUAUUUUUACAUCAAAUUUUUGGAGUCAAUAUAUCCAACAUUGAACAACUCCGGAGGAGACCCCACAAAGAUGACGGAUCUAACAUACAAGGAGCUAGUUAAUUUCCACAACCGCAAUUAUCAUCCGUCAAACGCAAGGACGUUUACCUAUGGAAAUUUACCAUUGGAGAGCCACUUAAGUCGACUCGAUGAGUUCUUUAAAGGCUUUGAAAAGAGGCAAGGGCCAUCAUACUCCAAAGUCAAGGAGCCCAUUUUUGUCACGGACCCAAAACAAUCUUACAAUGUGACAGUGCCUGGUCCUUUUGAUUCAAUGGUCAACAAAGACAUUUCAGAGCAGUAUAAUGCAUCGAUUACGUGGUACUUGGGAAACCCGUUAGAUCCGCUGAUGCAUUACAACCUAUUCAAAUGGAAAAUACUCGGUUCCUUAUUGUUCGAUGGUCACAACUCCCCACUUUAUCAAGAAUUGAUCGAAAGUGGGUUCUCUGAGGACUUUUCUGCCAAUUCGGGAUUGGAUUCUACGAGUGCCCUAUUUUCAAUUACAAUUGGUCUCAACUAUUUGACAAAAGACAAGGUUAAAAACUUAGAGUCAGUGAUCACUAACAUCGUGAAGGACAAUGUUGUACCAAAGUUGAAAGAAAACGAUGCCUCAUACAAGGAUAGAGUUGAGGCUUUGUUACACCAAAUUGAGUUGGGAUUCAAGAGGCACAAACCUGAAUUUGGAUUUAGUUUAUUGAGUUCGCUUGUUCCAUCGUGGGUGAAUGGUGCGGAUCCGUUAGAAGUUCUCACUGUUGAAAAGAUCUUGUCCAAGUUCAAGAAAGAAUAUUCAGAGAGGGGGCUAUUGAUGUUCGAAGAGUUGUUGAAUGAUACUUUGUUGAAUGACGAAAUUAAAAAGUUCAAGUUCACAAUGGAGCCAAAACUGAACUUCGCAAAAGAAUUGAGUCAAAUAGAGGCCGAUAAUUUGGAAAAUAAAGUCAAAAGUCUCACCAAAGAUGAUUUAAAGCAAAUCUACGACAAGAAUAUUGAGUUGGCGGAGUCACAAAGUCAAGAACAAAAUGCCGAUGUGUUGCCCACCUUGACAGUGGAAGAUAUAUCCAAAAGAGGAGCCUUUUAUGAUAUUGCUGUCACACGUGCAAACAACAAAGACAUCAGUGAGAGAAUUGUUGACACCAAUGGACUUGUCUAUGUAAGUGCAUUGAAGGAGAUACCUUUCUUGCCAACUAAAUAUUACAAGUAUCUUCCGCUAUUCAACAGUUGUUUGACAAAUCUUGCCGGUACUACUGAGACUUCAAUUACUGAUCUUGAGACUAAAAUCCAGUUGGUUACUGGUGGUAUUUCUUUUAACCACAAGAUUUCGCCCGAUCCUUAUAAUAUAAAUCUGAUGAAAUUGCAGUAUCUGUUGAGUGGUGCUGCUUUAAAAGAAAAUGCGGCACAUAUUUACGAUUUAUGGCGUGAAAUUUUGCAAGAUACAAGAUUCAGUAAUAAUGACGACGUAUUAGAUAAACUCAAUACCUUGAUCAAGAAUAUGGGACAGAACCAAAUCAAUGCUGUAGCUGACAGCGGCCAUUCGUAUGCCUGCGGGGUUAGUAAUUCAAAGAUUACUCCAGCCAAAUAUAUAAAAGAAGUGACUAGUGGGUUGAAUCAGGUUCAGUUUGUUAUGGAAAUGAAUAGGAACCUUGAAAGCAAAGGCAAGGAGUAUUUAAGGGAUGAAAUUUUGCCUGUAUUGAGGAGCAUAAGAGAUACUAUCUUGCAAGGUGAUUUCAAAUACAGGGUUGUUGGUGAUCUUGAAACAGUGAAGGAGAAUGAGACUUUUAUUGCCAAGUUUGAUGAACAAAUUUCAUCUUCAACAGCUGCACCUUUUGCAACUGACGGGCUCGACUCAUUACUCGAAUCUUUCAAGUACAAUCACGCUUCCGAAAAGAAACUAGUCAAUCUUCCAUUUCAAGUGGGCUACUCAUGUUUGGCCAAAAAAGGCACAUCAUUCUCAUCCAAAGAUGGUGCUGCAUUGCAAAUUUUGUCCCAAUUGUACACCUUCAAGAACUUGCACUCCAAGAUUAGAGAAGCUAAUGGUGCUUAUGGUGGUGGCUUGACUUAUGAUGGGUUAGGAGGUACUUUAGAUUUCUAUUCUUAUAGAGAUCCAAACCCAGUCAAGUCAAUCCAAACAUUUGAGGAGUCAUUUCCAUAUGGACUUGAUGCGAAAUGGAGUGAGAAGGAUCUUACAGAGGCCAAAUUAAGAGUAUUUCAAAGUAUUGAUGCACCCAUCAAUGUCGCAAGUCAAGGUGCAACUGAAUUCUUUGAAGGCAUCAGUGACGAUUUGAGACAAGAAAGAAGAGAGAAUUUCCUCAACACGACUAUUCAAGAUUUGCAACAUGUAACUCAAAACUACCUUGUCAACAAUCCUAACAACCUAUCGACAAUCAUUGGUGAUAAGGAUUUAUUGAACGUUGAUGGCAGCUGGAAAAUCAAAAACCUCAAGUUGUAA